GCGUCAGCCUACACCCACAGAUCAGCCACUAAACUCUUACAGUACAAUUUAACAAGACAUACUGUGGGCUGAGACAUUCCAAAGAAAUAUUUAAACAGGUUUGGCAAUGGCUCACAUAACUGACACAGAAGUGUUCCAGGCCUUCUCCACGUAUGCCACCAUCGUCAUUCUCAAGAUGAUGCUAAUGGGUCCUCUUACUGGAUACUUCAGGGUCACUAGAAAGGCUUUUGCAAACUUUGAGGACACUCAUAUGGGCAAGACUAUAGAGGAGAAGAAAAGGAUGAUACGGGUCAAUGAAGAUGUGGAACGUGUCCGCAGGUGCCAUCAGAACGACCUGGAAAACAUCAUUCCAUUUGUAGUGAUUGGCCUGCUCUACACUCUGACAGGUCCUGACCUCUCCACUGCCCUGCUGCAUUUCCGCUUGUUCGUGGGCUCGCGGUUUGUCCACACGGUGGUCUACGUGAUGGCGCUGCCCCAACCAAGCAGGGGUCUGUCCUGGAUCCUGGGCAUGGUCAUCACCUUCUCCAUGGCCUACCGCAUCCUCACUACUGUUCUGCUGCUUUAGAAGGAGACAUAAUGGGAAACAUCAACAGAGCUACUUCAUGUAUUACCAUCCUGUCACUGCUCAGGCAGCAUAUAUAGCAUAAUAUGUAAUAAGCAGACAUGUAUGUGUACAUAAAGAUAUUCCGCUAAAGAUUUUCAAUAUAAAAUGACUAAAAAUCCACAAAUAUAUGUGGUAGUGGGUGGCUUUAUGAUAUGGGUGGCUUUAUGAUAUGGGCAUUAGUUUAUGUGUACUGCAAAGCAACUUAUCUCUGAUUACAGCAGUGUUUGUUGGCAGCCUGUCACUAUGACUCAACACAAAAGCAAGUACACAUGACUGAUCAGGGCUGUCUAUUAGUAUUGUACAGUAUUGCAUGAUAUCCAGUACUGUGGUAGCCAGUUUCUUUGGAAAAAUAAAGACUACACUUUGGAAGUGUACUACAGCACCAAAAGCUGUGUAGUAACUAGUUACAUGUAAUCAGGUAAAUUUUUGAAUGAU